AUGGCCGACACUGAAGAUGCUGGCGCAUCCGUUUCGGAGCCCUUGGAUCUUGUUCGCCUUUCCCUUGAUGAGGUCGUUUUUGUGAAGCUGCGGGGUGACCGUGAACUCAAGGGCCGCCUCCACGCCUACGACAGCCACUGCAACUUGGUCCUCGGCGAUGUGGAAGAGACAAUCUACGUGGUGGAAGAGGACGAUAACGAGGAGGAGACUGUGCGGACGAUCAAGAAGCAAGAAGAGAUGCUGUUUGUGAGAGGAGACUCUGUCGUCUUGAUCUCCCCUCAGGCAUGA